UUCAGCCGAAGCAUCUUUCUUGUUGGUAUCCUUUUUCAUAAUUUACACCAUCCCUACAUCCCCCUUCAUUUUGAAGAAAUGAUUUUUCCACUUGUUCCACUUACUUUUUUGGCACAUGCUCAGCCCCACCCUUUUCGCGGUGCAGAGCGGCAAGCGAGGGGCUGCACGCAUUAGGGUUCACACACGCGUGGGUGGAAAUUUAUGCACUGCAUAUUUGUGACUUGAAGAUUUGAUCACACACACACUCACAUGCAUUGUGGGGGGAGGGGCGAUGGUCGUGACGUAGUUUGCAAUUUUGCGCAAUUCUUGCGUGAGAGACUAGCGGGCAC